AUGAGACUAUAUAUUUGGAAGGAGGCGUUUGGGCUGGAGUAAGUCUCUCUCUCUCUCUCUCGCGCGCUCUCUCACUCUCCUUUUUUGUUUCAUUUAUUUAUAUUAUAUUUAGAAUGAUCAGUAGAUCUGACUGAACUAGACAGGACUUCAUAUUAGCAUUGACCCUAGAAGAGGACUGGCAAACCCUCUGAGCCGGUGUUGUGUCGAGUAAACGCUGCUAAUUAUGCUGUGAAACCAAGGAGUCCGCUUAUACUGUACUUUGAUUAUAAGUUUUAUUUAUAUCACAAGAUUUCAGCAUACGUUUACAGACGUCUGCAGCAUCUGGAGAACAGUGUCCCAAAAUAAUAUGUCUGUUCUGAUCUUCUUUGUCUCAAACCAGUACUUAUAAUCUUUACCAGGAUAUGUGUGGUUUCCCAUACUGACCAAUCACCUGUCUCCACACAACAGACUUCCUCUGUUCUAUGGGGUGUCCCUCUAAAACUGCUCCCCCUAAAACUGAAUAAACAUCCUCUCAGGUUCCACUUUGAAAACAUUAGCAAAGUCAUAAUCCCUCAGACACUACAUAUUUCCCCCCUUCGAGACAAAUUAAGUCUCGAAAACAAACAGAAUAGGAUUAUGACAAGUAACAAUUUAUCUUAUUGAGUAUCUUUAACAAUAAACCAAAAACAAAUUUUUCUAUGGAGUGUAAAUACAUUUCUAUGAAAUAUGAACAAAUCUCUAUGGAGUGUGAAUACAUUUCUAUGAAACAUGAACAAAUCUCUAUGGAGUCCUUCUUUCCAAUCAAGACAGUAAAAUUCUCUCACGGCCCCUCUGCCCCAGGCAACCACCUAAGUACUCCAGAUCAAUUCAUAAAUCUUUAUCAAUGCAUUUGAAACUAUGAUGCAACUAAAUACACAUGAAAGCAUCAGCAAACAAAAUACUAUCAAAAAUGUCCACACUCAGGCUGGUCGACCCAUCGGACCCUAAUGUGGAUUCUCUCUAUCCCUGCCUAGACCCAAUAUCCCUAAGCAUCCACGAAAUAAACAAAAACAUCUGAGAUCCCCACAUGUACCCAAUAACAGCAAAUAUCAUUCUACAAAAAUUAAUACAGAAAGAAUAUGACACAAAUUAUGUAUUACACAUGCAAAUAUGUCUAUAUAUCAUUGCAGACACUGGAAUGUAGUCCACUACACUUCAUCUCCUCAGCAGUGUCGACUUCCAAUGCAUCGUUGAUGAUGGAAUCGGAACAUUUCCACACCUUCCUUGUUCCAUCUCCUCCAGUCCCUUCAUAUUAUCCUUUCAUAUUGUCCUUGUUUGAGCAUUUGAAUCCCCUCUACAUAUUACCCCAUAUGCUUCUGGAAGAAAAGAAAAGACCAAACAGUAUAUUUUGCAAAACAACACAUUCAAAUUAAAACAUCAAUAUCAACUAAGAAUAUAAAAAUGAUAUAUAAAAUGAAUCACAUUCUAUUUCCCCCCUUUGAUUCAUAACAAAAUACUAAAAUCACACUAAUAUUAAAAAACAUUUGAAAAAUGAUCAGAUCAUCAAAAUGGAUAUUUAUCCAUCAAUACUCCAUCCAGUCCCACUUGUCCAUCUUCAUCCAGAUCAGUAACAGUCAACAACGGCAUUUGAGUGUUGUCUCCAGGCAUCACAACUCCAACCCAUCUCAAUAUCAUAGCCUUCGCAAAAGUCAGUAACAAAGUACAAAAGCAAAACAUCACAAACAGUGCUAUCAGAGCUGCCACUAAAAUCUGAACCAUCACUGCUCCCACUGGGCCUAACUGAUCUUGCAACCAAGUCUUCGCUGACCAUCCAGCUCCUUCAGAUCUACCAAACUCAUCCCUUAUAUUCUUCAAUGCAUCUAUAACACUAGUGAUAUUAUCGGAACUAUCUGGGAUCAAAGUAUAACAAUCAUCCCCCGUCAAAUUCAUAGCCAAACAUAAGCCACCUUGUUUUGCUAAAAUAUAGUCAAGAGCCAUGUCAUAUUUCAACAGCGUCAGUCUGUGACUUCUUUGUGUAUUCGACAGAAGGUUAAACCCUCUUAUCGAUUCAUUUGCAAAACCCUGCAAAGUAUAGGUAAUAUUAUCAAUAUGAUCUGCCAAAAAUUUUACACCAUACCAUGGAAAAAGUCCCAGUCCCCACUUCUCUCCUAGACUUAUCCUCCAAUGGUAAGCUUCCAGACUAUGAAAUUCCGCCAUAUCCCUUUUCACCCUAUUUCCAAACCUAGACUCAGAUUUAUCUGUGUCCGGUGCUUCCCCUCUUUCAAUGGUAAAAACCUCAUAUGGAAGCUUCAAUGUCGACAUGUAACAACAUCCUGUCCAUCCAUAGGGUAAGAAUAUAUAUGCUUUAUCACCACAAACCCACCAAAUAUCUCUAAAAUCCCCAAUAGUCACAUUACCAUUCAAAACUUCUCUCCACAUGAGAGGAAUCUCACCUCUACACAUUCCUUCUCUCACAUCUACAAGGAAGAUGAGCUGUAUCACUCAUCCUGACCCUAAUAACAGUCUUUUCCUCUAAAAUUGGUGCUGGAGCGAUUGGCUCCCUUGUAAUCAAAUGUGAUAUAUUUAUAGCUUAAAUAACUGUCAAUGUUGAAGGAGUUAAAUUGCUUCUCACUGUUGUUAUAAUAGGCUGAAGUGUUGAUGUCAUUGUUGUUAAUUCAUCCAUUCUCCCUAAGGCUUUGAACUCUUGACUUGUAUUUCCAUCUAUCACCACUAGUGUCACUACAUUAACUCUCAGUCCUAACUCUAAUCCCUCACUUUCAAACUGUUGAUUAUAUAAAAUACACUUAUAAUCACCUUGAUCUUCCUGCUGGGAAUUGUAAAUAUAGAUACCGCAAUCACCCUCAAUCUUCAUUCUUCUCUCAUCAUUCAGCAACGCAUACUUUCUCAAUGCAACUGCUCCCAACAGAUCUAAACUCCUGCCAUAUCUAUCUUCCCACUGAACUCUAAAUUUCCCUUCACCACUGUUCUCUCUCUCUUACUACUAACAUUGAAGCUUAGCUGACUGUCCUAGAGUUCCUUCAACCCUAGUUUUCUUAACUUUUUUAAUCUGACUUUUCAUUUCACUGAUUUAUUCACAAAAUCCCUUUCCCUCUAAUUUUUCAAAAACCAUUUCACUGAUUUAUCCACAAAAUCCCUUCCCACUAAUUUUAGGAUAUGUGAUCGGGAAGUCCCCACCUGCUUAUGACUUCUUUACACACAGACUUGGCAAACGACUGAGCAUCGUUUAGCCUUAUUUGACAUCUUAUGCACCUCUUGGUGUAUGAAUAUAACCAAGAAUAACAGUCACACCCUGUAAACAUAAUUUUUCAGACAGAUUGUCCUCCUUCCUCUCCAAUUCUUUCACAGUCCAGAAACUAUCUAUGGAUAUGAAACAACUGGAACCGCCAUUGGUGGCUGAUACAAUUGCGGUUGGAACUGGUCCUGUUGAAGCUGUGGCAGUGAUUGUUGACCUGGUGCACCCUGAUUCUGCAUAACCAAAGCUUGUUUCUUCUCCUUCUCAUUCUCCACCAGUUGUAUUUGAUUGAGUUUUCUGAGAGUUUCUUGGUCCUGUUCUUUCUGGUUGUGUUCCUUUUUCCUGUACAGAUCCACUUGAUGGGCUAUAUGAUCUCUAUAGACGCCUUUUGUCAUGCUUCCAAGUCCAACCACCUCUGCCAGUUUGCUCCUUACUGGUGAGGGCAGUCCCAUCUGCAGUUUAGCUCUCAAAAUUGACUGCUCAAUUUGACUCACAUCUGGAUCAUUUCCAGUAAUAUUUCUCCACACUUGAUGGACUCUUGACACAUAGGCUCUCGGAUUUUCUUGUUGUCCUAGUGGGUCAAUCAGAAUGUUAUCAGGAUGCACAUUUGUUGGAAACGUAUCUUUCAGUGCUCUCCACAGACGAUUCCUACUUGCAGCCAACAAUUCAGGGUCGUUCACUGCAGUCCCCACAUAUCUAUUGAGUCCCGCUCUCUGAAAAAUGUCUUCCAUACCUGGAAUCCCAAGGAGAUUAGCCAAAAGUCUCUUAAUGUCUCCUAUAGCAGACUGUGUUCGCACCGUAAUUUCUUCCAAUUUUGAAAUCCAAGGAUAGGCUCCAUCUUGAAGAGUAGGCAGCUUCUCAAGUAUAUCUGACAUAUCGGUAUUUUGCAAAGGCUUAUAUUCUAAGUUUUGACCUCGAAUGAUCACUGGCAUCAUCUUCUUACUGGUGCUCCCUUGUCUUGGCCUUAAUGUAUACCUCUUCUCCAAUUCUUGGGAUCCUUUUUUCAGCUGUUUUUUCCUCUCUUCUUCUGUAUCUUCAGCUUCUUGAGUUGUUGUUCCAGUUCUCGUUGUCUCUUCUAAAUUAUUCCCCUUAUCCAGGCAUAAUACACAUCAGUCCAUAUCUCUUUCUAUUUCUUCUUUGUUAAUCAUUGUAGAAUAAAAUCCUCUUGAACAUAAAGCACCUGUAAUCUCCAAAUCUUCAUCGCUGUCUUCAUCUUCCAUCAGGGAUCGAAUCUCUAGUAUCCUUCUUCCUUCCUCUCUUGCCAACUUCCUUCUAAUCACAGAGUCAUAUCCACCCAUGAUCUCUUCUCAAUCACUCUGAUCAUCAUCAUCAUCAUCUUCUUCAUCUUCAUCUUCAAGUUCCAUCUUCCUUAACCUCAUUCCACUCUUAGUUUCCAGACCUCUCGGUUUUCUUCCUACUUUUUGAGUUUUCUUUAUCGUCGUUUCUGCUUCUCCUCUCUCUAUUAUUCAAUCACUUUCAUCAUGUUGAUGACGUCAGGGUUAAGAUUCCCUCCCACUAGCUAUGGUUGUUCAAUAUCAGGCCAACUUUUAUUCCCUUUUCCAGAUAACCUUUAGUUAAUGGUAUUGCAAGGUUUACUAUUUUCAACUAUAUCAACAGGUGUAAUUACUUUCAUAGUUCUGAAGUCCUUUUUCCCCCUUGUAACAACUAUUUUAUAUUCUUUUAUUGUGAAUUAUUUUUAUUUUUAGACUAUAUAGCCUAUAGUUCCCUUUUUUUCUUCUUCCCCAAAUUAAUUAAUUCAUCAAUUAAUUUAUUCAUCAAUUAAUUUAUCUGUUCAUUUUAUUUUAUUUUACCAAAUUAUUGAUUAGUGGCAAUCUUACCACAUCCAAUCAGGAAAGUAAAUGAAAGUAGUCAACUUCAGAGCAAUCCAAAAAAUAAAGACCUCUAAUCCUACAACACUACAGUACUCAUAAACCCCAUUGCUUAAUAAGCACCCAAUUACCUUAAUUUUACAGAAUAAUGUCAGUACUCGAUUCCCCCCAUAUCUAAUCAAACCCACUCAUGCACAAAAACUCCAAUAUGCAAUUCUUAUUUUCAUCAAUUGAUCAGUCCUUUGCCAAGUCCUUGUCAAAUUGUCAUAACAUCAAAUAUGCUAGGCACACAAAAUAUCCUGUCUGGGAAGGUAGGUUUUUGUAAAUAGAACAGUACUAGCCUUGAUUUUGACUUGAUCCUGUUGCAGCAGACUCUGUCGCGUCAUGUACACAUCAGCAUUUCCGCUCUCUCUCUCUCUCUCUCUCUCUCUCUCUCUCUUCUCCUCUUAUCGUCUCUCAUAUCACAAAAGAACAAAGAAACAGACAAGAAUUUAGUAGUUUAUGCACUCACUGAGUUAUUACAAGCAUUCAAUAUUCCUCUAGUCACAUUCGCGCUAAGAAUUAACUCAGGAAUCGUAUAAAUAGCUCAACAAAAUUUUUAUUUUAUUUAUUUAUUUAAUUAUUUUUAUUUUUAAUCCGUCAACAUCUCUCUCUCAUUUAUCAAUUCAAUAGGUCUCAAGAAAAACAGUUUCAUCGUCAAACAACAGCCGAUGUAACAACCAGAAUACACCAUUAGACUCUAAAUGUUCUCUCUCUUUGUCUGCUCUCCCCGCAGAGGAGGAGUGAUAUAUUUACCCCUAUGUAACUCUAGUCAUAAAAUCACGCGCAUGCGUAGUUCAAACAUCAAUACGAUUUCACAGUGGAAGGAGCUCUCUCCCAGCUCUCUCCAAGCUAGACAACAGAAAGUUAACAGUCCCGCUAUACCUCCUCUCUUUUACCCCUCAUAGACAAACAAUAACACUCAACAGAGCUCACAAACCAUAGGACACAAAUCCCACACUAUUCUAAACACAGUUUUGGAGGCUCGAUCCAUUCCUAUGGACCUCCAAGGUAACAAUGUAGCACGCAGCAUGUAUCAUUUAGCAUGUAGCAUGUAGCAUGUAUCAUUUUACCUCCGCUGCGCCGUAAAAUUCCUUUGUUCUCUAAAUUUUUGCUACCACGAGUUCCCGCGGAAAUCCAAUGAGCGGUCACAUCAACCAAAUGAUUCGUCAACCACAUGUUGAGAGGUAACAUACAAUCGAAUAUAUAUACCACAGCCUCAAGCCCCAUGGACUUACCUAACUUCACCUAACGUGUUAUUAGGAUUUUUGGCCCAUCCUAGUGAUCACCUCCUUUAAGAGGGUUUUUCCAUAGAUUCGCAACGGUUCUAAGUUGUACACAUAUACCUAGGCCUUAUUCCUUUCAAUCUAUUCUUCUUGAACUUUAUUCAAGCAAAAUAUCCCUAUAGACACUCCCCCCUAUUUGCGUCGUUUACCAGCGCAAACAAAUUUAGAAUUCUUAGUACAGACCCCCAUCCCACAGCAAUAACAGCAACAUCAGCACACACAAGUCCUUUACACGGUACAUCUCCCCAGCGCACACACCCAUAACCAAGCGAACCAAACCGCACACAAGAUUGUGAGAAAUCUCACCUUAUGAGCCGGCGUCUUGAGCGGGAGUCACUUCGCUGCUCAUGAAUGUAACACAGGAGAGACGCAGACCACCCCAAUCACUCGUCGCCAUUUUGUUGUGUCGAGUAAACGGUGCUAAUUAUGCUGUGAAACCAAGGAGUCCGCUUAUACUGUACUUUGAUUAUAAGUUUUAUUUAUAUCACAAGAUUUCAGCAUAAGUUUACAGACGUCUGCAGCAUCUGGAGAACAGUGUCCCAAAAUAAUAUGUCUGUUCUGAUCUUCUUUGUCUCAAACCAGUACUUAUAAUCUUUACCAGGAUAUGGGUGGUUUCCCAUACUGACCAAUCACCUGUCUCCACACAACAGACUUCCUCUGUUCUAUGGGGUGUCCCUCUAAAACUGCUCCCCCUAAAACUGAAUAAACAUCCUCUCAGGUUCCACUUUGAAAACAUUAGCAAAGUCAUAAUCCCUCAGACACUACACCGGCUUCCUCUCUAAGUUUCUUUAUAGGUUCCUUCCUUCUAGAGUUUUUCCUGGCCACUGUGCUUCUGCUUCUGCAUUGAUUGCUCUUUGGGGUUUAGGCUGGAUAUCUGUAAAGCACUUUGUCACAACUGCUGAUGUAAAAAAGGCUUUAGAAAUAAAUGGGAUUGAUUGAUUUAUUGUAUAUCCGCAGAUGUAUAACAUGAUGCCGUGGGUCAUGCGUUGGGUUCCUGGUCCUCACAGAAGGAUCUUCUCUGGCUGGGAGGAGGUCAUCUCCUUUAUCAAGAUCAGGAUUCAGGAGCACAAAAAGGACAACGACACCUCAUCACCAAGAGACUUCAUCGACUGCUUCCUCAACGAGAUAGAGAAGGUGAUGAUGAUGAUAAUGAUGACGAUGAUGAUGAUUAUCACUAAUGUAGUGGUAAAAAAAGUAUUUGGGUAAACACUGAUUGCCGUUUGCGGUGAAUAUAGUAAUGCUUCCUAUAUUAUUAUAGAUUCUUUUAAAUUAUAAUUGUAUUUUGGUUGUUAGAAAAGACACAAAUAUACAUAUACAAAGACAAUAGACAACUUAACAUUUGACAAAUAUAGAUCCACUAAACUAGACAUGACGUUGGCUGGGACUUAAUGCCCAACCUUCAACAUAGAGAAAAAAGACGAAUAAAGACAAAAAACACCAACUCAGACGUACAUGAAAUUCAACAAACAUUAAUAACAUCACAUUUACUCAGACCCACAUGCUCCCACCGUAUUCAUACCCAUCCUGUCCGUCUCACAAUAACAUCCUUUCCCAUUUCUCAUCAUUUGGAUAUCUCCAGUGCUUGUAACACUUUAUGCCAUAUGGAUUCAAAUUGCACUAUUUUGUUUCUCUCUCUAGCCAACAUAAAAAAAGUAUAUUUAACCUCUUAAGGAUCGGACCCUUUUUUUCAAAUUUCGCCUAAAAUGACAUACCCAAAUCUAACUGCCUGUAGCUCAGGACCUGAAGCAAGGAUAUGCAUAUUAUUGAUACCAUUUGAAAGGAAACACUUGGAAGUUUGUGGAAAUGUGAAACUUAUGUAGGAGAAUAUAACACAUUAGACCUGGUAAAAGAUAAUACAAACGUCGUUUUUUCUUUGAAAUGCAAGAGAAAGGCCACAAUAUAAUAUUGAAGUUUAGGCACAAUUUAGAAUUUGGCCACUAGAUGGAAGCAGUGUGCGUGCAAAGUUUCAGAUUGAUCCAGUGAAGCAUUGCAAUACUGGACUAUUUAUCAAGUCUGCCCAAAUGUGCUGAAUUGGUCAAUUGAUACAUUUUCAAUUACAUAACUAUAGAGAACAUAUGUAAAUUUACACACUCCCAGGAAUGUCAUACAUGAUGGAUCAUUAGCUCAUAACCUAACUUUCACACAUCUAGAAUGCCGGGCGGGGUGGGUGUGGCACCAGAGACAGCAGGGGUUCAAACUGUAGAACCCAGUUCCUACAAUUGAAUAUAAAAAGUAAUCAAACAAAACUAAGCUACAUUUUAUCUCUGGGACCCGUAGGAUGACAAAUCAGAGCAAGAUUACUGAAUGUAAGUAGAUGAUUUACCUUCACAGGUGAAUGUAUCAAACCAGUUGCGGUGAUACGUUUUUUGUUGUUGUGCACUCUCCUCAAACAAUAGCAUGGUAUUUUUUCACUGUAAUAGCUACUGUAAAUUGGACAGCGCACCUGCAUUACUAGCUGUUUGGGGUUUUAGGCUGGGUUUCUGUACAGCACUUCGAGAUAUUAGCUGAUGUAAGAAGGGCUAUAUAAAAUAAAAUUGAUUGAUUGAUUGAGUUAGAUUAACAAUUAUUUAAGCUUUCUGCCCAUAUAAGACAUGUCUACAGUGCCUUGCAAAAGUAUUCAUCCCCUUGGCGUUUUUCCUAUUUUGUUGCAUUACAACCUGUAAUUUAAAUGGAUUUUUGUUUGGAUUUCAUGUAAUGGACAUACACAAAAUAGUCCAAAUUGGUGAAGUGAAAUGAAAAAAAUUACUUGUUUCAAAAAAUGCUAUAAAUAACGGAAAAGUGGUGCGUGAAUAUGUAUUCACCCCCUUUGCUAUGAAGCUCCUAAAUAAGAUCUGGUGCAAGAAGUCACAUAAAUAGUUAAAUAAAGUCCACCUGUGUGCAAUCUAAGUGUCACAUGAUCUGUCACCUGAUCUCAGUAUAUAUACACCUGUUCUGAAAGGCCCCAGAGUCUGCAACAUCACUAAGCAAGAGGCACCACCAAGCAAGCGGCACCAUGAAGGUCAAGGAGCACUCCAAACAGGACAGGGACAAAGUUGUGGAGAAGUACAGAUCAGGGUUGGGUUAUAAAAAAAUAUCCGAAACUUUGAACAUCCCACGGAGCACUGUUAAAUCCAUUAUUCAAAAAUUGAAAGAAUAUGGCACCACAGCAAACCUGUCAAGAGAGGGCCGCCCACCAAAACGAAUUGACCAGGCAAGGAGGGCAUUAAUCAGAGAGGCAACAAAGAGACCAAAGAUAACCCUGAAGGAGCUGCAAAGCUCCACAGCGGAGAUUGGAGUAUCUGUCCAUAGGACCACUUUAAGCCGUACACUCCACAGAGCUGGGCUUUACGGAAGAGUGGCCAGAAAAAAGCCAUUGCUCUAAGAAAAAAAUAAGCAAACACAUUUGGUGUUCGCCAAAAGGCAUGUGGGAGACUCCCCAAACAUGUGGAAGAAGGUACUCUGGUCAGACGAGACUAAAAUUGAGCUUUUUGGCCAUCAAGGAAAACGCUAUGUCUGGCGCAAACCGAACACCUCUCAUCACCCUGAGAACACCAUCCCCACAGUGAAGCAUGGUGGUGGCAGCAUCAUGCUGUGGGGAUGUUUUUCAUCGGCAGGGACUGGGAAACUGGUCAAAAUUGAAGGAAUGAUGGCUGGCACUAAAUACAGGGAAAUUAUUGAGGGAAACCUGUUUCAGUCUUCCAGAGAUUUGAGACUGGGAUGCAGGACAAUGACCCUAAGCAUACUGCUAAAGCAACACAAGAGUGGUUUAAGGGGAAACAUUUAAAUGUCUUGGAAUGGCCUAGUCAAAGCCCAGACCUCAAUCCAAUUGAUAAUCUAUGGUAUGACUUAAAGAUUGCUGUACACCAGCGGAACCGAUCCAACUUGAAGGAGCUGGAGCAGUUUUGCCUUGAAGAAUCGGCAAAAAUCCCAAUAUUUUGCAUCUUCAAAUUGGUAGGCAUGUUGUGUAAAUCAAAUGAUACAAACCCCUCAAAAAUCCAUUUCAAUUCCAGGUUGUAAGGCAACAAAAUAGGAAAAAUGUCAAGGGGGGUGAAUACUUUCUCAAGCCACUGUAUGUCCUGGAAAGUUUGCUGUUACUUACAACAGUCAUGCUAAUCACAUUAGCGCACAUUAGCUCAACAUUCCGUAUACACGUUAAAUAAUAAUGCAUUUGAUUCAUCCAAUGUCUUAACGAUAGAGGAUCAUUUGAUUUCCAGUUUUGAAGUAAAACAUUUUUUAAAUGAUCAAUGAGAAAAGUAUGGUUCAACCCAUAUUUUCUCCCUAUAUUUUCAAUGCAUUUUUCCACAAUAGGUGGGUAAACUGUGUUUUCAUAUGUUUACCCUCCACUACACCACUGAUGAUGAUGAUGAUGAUGAUGAUAUGGGACUGGAGAAGAGUUACACUAGAAAAUUGUAUUAGAGAGUAAUUUUAGAUAAGGAAGUAGUUUAAAUAUUAUAAUUUGUUUUGGAUGCAGGCCGGGCACACUCACUAUCCAAAUCAUGGGGAUAUAAAGCUUUAUUUUUAUUGCAGUACAUGUCCAUAUUUCUGUAUCACAUUUUUUUGACACAUUGUUGAUUUAGCUACAGCAUCGUCAAUUAGUUAAAUUGUUAAAUAUUUGAUAAAGUAUCUAGUAUGUUGUUGAGGUUGUUUUGUUGGGUUUUGCUCAACAGUGGGAAGACGACACAAGGGCUGGGUUUAACUUGGAGAACUUGUGUUUCUGCACUCUGGAUCUAUUUGUGGCUGGGACAGAGACCACCUCUACAACCCUUUAUUGGGGCCUUCUCUUUAUGAUCAACUACCCGGAGAUACAAGGUUAGCGCUCCCAUCGCCAUCACAACGACUUAGUUUGACCCCUGUUGCAUUUAAUCAGUUAAUCAAAGCGAUUGAUCUUGAUUGAUUGAUAAAAGGUAAUGCAUAAAGAUGUGUGCGAGCAUUCGCACACACACACACACAAUUAAUUUGCAUAAUGACUUUCUUUGCAUUGUCUUUUUAUCUUUUAUCCCUGAUGUAGCCAAGGUGCAGGCAGAGAUGGAUGCAGUUGUUGGGUCGUCACGGCAGCCCUCCAUGGAAGACAGUGACAGCAUGCCCUACACAAACGCAGUCAUCCAUGAGACACAGAGGAUGGGGAAUAUCAUACCGCUCAAUGUAUUCCGCAUGGCCACUAAAGACACUGAGGUUGGAGGGUACACCAUCCCUAAGGUCAGUCAUCUCAGGGACCAUCUACUGCAACAUUCAAGGAUUUGUUCCUCUUAACUAAAAUACACCUCAAUGUAUAGUAUGUUGCCACAGUGUUGUGUUCUGUUUGUACAUUUAGAAGCCUUAA